GAAGGCUCGCUGACUCCUCUAUAGGAGUUCUCUCCCAGCCCACUGGCAAGCAGAAGCACUCGCUUUCGCUGCCCACCGCAGAUAUUUCCUUUCGCCGUCGCCAAGGCCCCUGUGCUGCGCUCCCCGGCGCCGGCCGAUCCAUCCAUCGAGGAACCGCAAGGAACGGGAGAGACGAAGCAGAAGCAUGAGCGCCAUGGCGAUGUCGUCGUCGCUGAACCCGAACGCGCCGCUCUUCAUCCCGGCGGCGUUCCUGCAGGUGGAGGACUUCUCGCCGCAGUGGUGGGAACUCGUCACCACCACCGCCUGGUUCCGCGACCACUGGUCCCGCCAGCACAGCGACCUCGACGACAUGGCAGAGGAGCUCGACGCUGCCGACCUCCUGCCCGACGCCUUGGACGACGACGACGACCUCUUCUACGACGACGAGCCCGAGCACACCCCCGCCGUCGAGGCCGGGCAGCAGUCACCCGCCGACGCUAUCAAGACUGAUGCGGUGGUCAAGGCGCCGAACCUGACUCCCCCAAAGGACGGCGCCGGGCCGCGGGUAUUCCGGGAGAAGCCCAAGCACUCCGAGACGCCGACUAAGUACGCCGGCAGCCCGAAGAGCGGCGCCCCCGCGUGAUUCAGCAGCCUCGCUAGGUUCGUUCGUCCUGGUGGGGAAUUGAGCGAGGCUGCUGCGCCUCUUGCAGUCCUGCUCCUGGCUGCUGCCGUUCUGGUCUGGUCUUUCAAGUCUAGUACAAGUAGUAGUAGUAGAAGUGUCCUUUUGUAUAGCAAUCAAGUAAAAAAUAACCAAAAACAAAAUGCAACUGUUGUUUGCUGUUGCUCUCUAAGUUUUGUUCAGUUCAGAGUCUCUAGAGAAAAACCCCAAAAAAACGAAAGAGGGUGAAGGUGAAGUCCCAGUGUAGAAACAAGAAUGCACUCAUGUAAAUGUUUGAUGUGCAAUGACAGAGUCUAAUGUUUCAAAUAGCCCUUUUGCUGUUC